AAUUAAUCUCUACGCUUCUUUCUCUGCAAUUACUCCUUGAGGGCAUCUCUCUCUAGAACAUUGAGUAUUGCUGACUUGAGCGUUGGAGUGUUUUCCCCAAGGAAACAUCCUUGGGAUUUUCAGAAUAUUGUGUGUCCUAUUUGAAUCGAACUAUGGAAGUUGCAACCCUUGCUGGAGGUGCUCUUUUGUCAGCAACGUUCGAGUUGUUGCUCUCAAAAUUGAAUUCUUUGGCAAAUGCUGAAGAGAAGCAAGGAAAAGACCUCUUGGUGAAGUUAUGGCUUGCUGAUCUCAAGGAUUUGGUAUAUGAUAUGGAGGACAUACUUGAAGAAGUUGAGAUUGAUGCCAAGAGGCUUGAGCUGUUUGCAAAAAGCCAGCAAAAGAUCGCCCACACUCCUUUGCCUGAACAUUAUGUCUAUGGUCGAGAAAAUGAUAAAGAGGCUAUUCUUCAGAUUUUGCUUAGUGAUGAAGGCAGACAUGAGCCAUACUCUGUUAUUCCCAUUGUUCGAAUGGGACGAAUCGAGAAGUCCACUCUUGCUUGGCUCAUUUACAAUGAUGACAAAUUGAAGGAUAGGUUUGGAUUGAAAGCAUGAGUUUGUGUUUUUGAAGAUUUUGAUGUUCAUCGGAUCAAAGAGCCAUCUUAGAGCGAGUAACCAAGGAAAAUUGUGAUUCAAAAGAGCUAACUUCACUUUAAGAGAGGUUGAAAGAUAAGCUCUUAGGUCAAAAGUUUUUACUUGUGUUAGAUGAUAUUUAGAAUGAAAACUACGAAUUAUG